AAUUUACAGGUUAUAUUGCUAAUAGCACUUCCCAUGUGCUUAGCACAAUUCCGAAUACAAGGAGCGAGUGACGGGAGUCGAGCAGCUGAGAGUUUGUCAGUGGAUAGCGAAGGAAAAGUCGAAUACAGUGGGCAUCGUGGCGCUAGUGACAGUCACUCUAAUAUUCAAGGCGCUAGUGACAGUUACUCUAAUGUUCAAGCUGGUAGCGAUGGUCAUUCGAAUUACAACAUACAGCCUGCCACUGCUGCUGGCGCUGAUAGAUAUAUCCAUCCAGCGCCACCUCCUGCAUAUAAUAUUCAAGGAGCAACGGAUGGUCACUCCGUAAUUCAGGGUUCUUAUGAUGGCAAUCCUUCUACGAAAUCGCUUCAAUACAACGAUCCCAGUGGUUUGAGGGUGAAUUGGAGAUCAUACGACCGAGCAGUGCGGCCAUCGUCGCAAUCGCAACCGCAAUAUUCGGAAGUCCAAGCCAGUGCACCGCGAGUAGCGCCCCAGCGACAACGAGCACACGCUCGUCCGCAACAAGCAGCACAACCACAGCCGCAAGCUCAGUCAUAUGAACCCAUACUGCCACCGGCGCAGCCAUACGAAAACGCACCCGCGGAUAUCAAACAACUGUUUCAGUUUCAAAAGAUGCUCCCUUACCUGAAUAUCAUCCCAGAGCCCUUUAGAUACGAAAACAUAAUCGGGGCGCAACAGCAACAGCCUCAGUAUCCAGCCGAAGAACAACAGCAAUAUGUUCCUGAACCACGACGUCCUCCAUCCCGUGGAAAAGCUCGUAUUCCAUCAAGGCAGAAACGUCAAGCGCAAGGACACAGACAGGCACCGCAACAACCACCGCCCGAGCCACAGCUUCAUUACUCUACCCGUCUGCCUCCUGAACUGCAACAAAUCCUGAAAUUCCAGCAGCAAACUCCACACAUCAAUGGAAUUCCUGAACAGUUCAGGUUCAACACAGACGUAGCAGUAAGGGAACAAUUAGAAGCUGUCCGCGCGCAUUUCCGGGAUCUAUCGGCUUCUCCGCAACGUUACGCGCCGAAAUCUAGGCAGAGAAGGCAAGCUCAUCCUCAACAGCAACCAGCCCCGGAACCUCAGCUCCAAUACUCGAACAAUCAUCCAGGCUACGUAAAAGAUUUGCUGAAGUUCCAGUCUCAGAUCCCCUACACGAUCCUGCCUAAUCUAGUCGGCAUUACACGUCCUGAGAAACCAUAUGUGCCCCAACGCGUUCAGAGUCCAGCUCCAGCUCCUGAUCCUGCGCCCGCGCUACAGCCUCAGUAUCAAGGACAAGCAUACCAGGGUCAGGCAAACGCCUAUCAAAAUCAACCAGCCCAGUACCAGCCUCAGCCAAGUGCAUAUCAAAAUCCAGGGGAUGCCUAUCAAGGUCAACCGAGCUCCUACAACCAAGUAUACCAGAGUGAUAUUCAGUAUCCUCAAUACUCUCAAGGUCAGCCAGGUUACCAGCAACGCGGUGAAACAGGAGUACGUCCAGUCACCGAGAAUCAAUACUGA